GCAUGGUCACCCGACGAGGUUCGCAGGCAGAAGCGACAUCGAAAGCCCCAGAGGCCGGCUUCCACCGUCAACGGUGAUUGGACGGUGACAGACUCAGCCGAGCUGGGAGCCACAUUGCGGCCUCCAGCAGAGGAUCGGCUGGUCUUCUCACCGGUGGGCUUUGCACAAGCCUUGCGCGACGUGCUUAGCAUCAGCUGUGUGACUCUGGAGCUUAUUCUUUUCCCUCUCCGGGUCUUCCCGGAGGUCCCGGCCGGAAGCCUGAGCGGAUUGCUUUGGGUAUCGCAGAUCUUCUGGAACCUUCGCAUGCUGAUGAUGUUCAACACUGGGUAUUACUUCAGGGGUCAUCUGGUGCGCAAUCGUCGGAUGAUUGCGACGCGUUAUUUGCAAACUUGGCUAGUUUUCGACACUGUUAGCACCGGUGUGGACUGGCUGUUAGCAAUCCUCGAUCCAUCUCACAAUUUUUCGACCAGGAUUGUCCCAGCAAAUGUGAGUGUCGCUGUCCUUUGCCUAUGGAUCUUACAGACUCUCCUGCGACUCUGCCGUAUCUGCAUCCGUGCCCAGGGGCAGUCUGUGUCUGACGUGGUCAGUGCUCGCUGGGUCAUUCUGCAAUCAGUAGGCCAGAUCCUGUUGGUGCACCAUGUGUUGGCAUGUGCAUGGUACGGUAUCGAUUCCUAUACAACCACGGAUGGUUGGACACAUAUGCAUGUUGCAGAUGGCGAAGGUCUUCCUUACAAGUAUACUACAGCCCUGCACUGGACGUUCUGUCAGCUUGGCUUCGGUUCCUCGGAGAUUGAAGCGGUCAACACGCCGGAGAGGCUGUUUUCCUUGUUGGUCGUUUUUGCUGCAUUGGUGGUCUUCUCCACUCUCUUGGCCGCAAUUACAACCAUGGCCACAAAGCUCAACAAAGCAUCCGACAGGAAGCAGGAGCAUUUUCGACAGCUGUUGAAGUACAUGAAGCAGCAUCAGAUUGACCAAGACCUGCAAAUGCGCGUCUUUGCAUUUUUGGAGCAUGCCUAUUCCUUGCGCCAAGCUGUUGUUGCAGACUCUGAGGUGCCCAUAUUGGAUCUGCUUUCGAAGCCGUUGCAAGCCGAGCUACAGACUUUCAGAUACAUCAGAUGCCUGAACCAGCUGGACGUCAUGAAGCAGCUUGUUUCUUCCGUAGACCAGCACUCCAUACAGGCCAUCAAAAGCCUCUCCAAGGUGUUCUCGCACAGGACCUUCGCUCCAGCCGACACUGUCUUCGAAUGUGGCAUGCUCGCCAAAUCAGCCUACUUUAUCGACACCGGUGAGUUUGUCUACGAACUUAGUGGGGACGCGACUCGUGUUGACAAGGGCAGAUGGGUAGCAGAGAUGAGUCUCUGGACCCCUUGGCUCCACAUCGGAGACCUUACCACGCGCGAUGUCUCGGGAGUCAUUGUGUUGGAUGUGUCUGGCUUUGCAGACACCCUCUGCCGCUCAAGCGAGAGCCUACUCAAGGCCCAGGAGUAUGCUCAACAACUUGUCCAGCUCAUGAACCAGGAGGGGACCGUUACAGACCUGUGGCAGUGUCAGGCGGGACCUGCCGCUGCCCCGCGGCAGAGCACUGCCGAAAGCCCCGGACGAAGUAUGAGUCUUCCACAUCGUCUCAGAUUCUCCUGGCGGAGCCCGAGACCAGCACAUCCGAUUUCCUCCAAGCAGAUUCUGCCACACGGUUGA